AUGCCCCGAGGUCUGAAGGGCAGCAAGAAGGAUGGAAUCCCUGAGGACCUAGACGGGAACUUGGAAGCACCCAGGGAUCAGGAAGGUGAGCUCAGGAGUGAGGAUGUCAUGGACCUCACAGAAGGUGACAGUGAGGCCUCAGCCUCAGCUCCUCCUGCAGCCAAAAGACGGAAAACACAUACGAAAGGCAAGAAGGAGAGCAAGCCCACCGUGGAUGCGGAGGAGGCUCAGAGGAUGACAACCCUGCUGUCUGCCAUGUCUGAGGAGCAGCUGUCCCGCUACGAAGUGUGUCGCCGGUCAGCGUUCCCGAGAGCACGCGUUGCGGGUCUGAUGCGGGCUAUCACUGGCAGUUCGGUGUCGGAGAACGCGGCCAUUGCCAUGGCUGGAAUAGCCAAGCUCUUUGUUGGAGAGGUGGUGGAAGAGGCCCUGGACGUGUGUGAGAUGUGGGGAGAGACGCCCCCGCUGCAGCCCAAGCAUUUAAGGGAGGCCGUUCGCAGGUUAAAGCCCAAGGGCCUCUUCCCCAACAGCAACUGCAAAAGAAUCAUGUUCUAG